CUCGCCGUACACCAAAUCGUCUCGCGGGAUUUUAUAUGUAAUUGAUUUGAAACAUGUCGUUGGAGGUUGAAGCAGGCGGUGUUUCUGUUGUUGAACCAGAGACGGGAGAAGGUGAUGCUGGCUUCGGGGACCUGACCGCCAGCAUGGAGACCGAGUCAUCAAAUGGCAAGGAGGCCAUGGACACGGGGGCUGAGGGCUUGGAGGCAGCUGACCCCCACGCAGGGUCUGGAGAUGAGGAGACUGGCAGGCACCAAGGAGAGGUGGAGCUGCAGUGUGCUCUGUGUAUGAAGUGGUUCACCGCCGACACCUUCAGCAUCGACACCGCGACGUGUCUGCCUUUUAUGACCAACUAUGUGUUCCACUGUAACGUGUGUCAUCACAGCGGGAACACAUACUUCCUCAGGAAACAAGCCAACCUGAAGGAGAUGUGUCUGACGGCUCUGGCUAACCUAACAUGGCGGUCCAGGACUCAAGAGGAGCACCCCAAGACUAUGUUCUCCAAGGACAAGGACAUCAUUCCAUUCAUUGAUAAGUACUGGGAGUGUAUGACCACCCGACAGAGACCUGGAAAACUCACCUGGCCCAACAAUAUAGUCAAGACCAUGAGUAAAGAGCGGGAUGUCUUCCUGGUGAAGGAGCACCCAGACCCAGGCAGUAAAGACCCAGAGGAGGAUUACCCAAAGUUUGGCUUGCUGGACCAGGAUCUGGGAAACAUUGGACCGUCUUACGACAACCAGAAACAGACAACCACUACUCCUACUCCUGGAGGGCUCAAUGGUGGACCUACUUUCUCAGGUGGUCUGGCCCCUGGCCCAGGUAAAGGUCGAGGUGCCAAGAGGAAGCAGCAGCAGCAGCAACAGGAAGGAGCCACUCCUGGAGCAGCCAAGAGGACACGCAGUGACCCUCUUUUUUCAGCCCAGCGCCUUCCGCCCCAUGGUUACCCCCUGGAGCACCCCUUCAACAAAGAUGGCUACCGCUACAUCCUAGCGGAACCUGACCCCCAUGCUCCCGACCCAGAGAAACUAGAGCUGGACUGCUGGGCUGGGAAACCCAUCCCUGGAGACCUCUACAGAGCCUGUCUUUACGAGAGAGUGCUGCUAGCCCUGCAUGACAGAGCCCCCCAGCUGAAGAUCUCAGAUGACCGUCUGACCGUGACAGGGGAGAAGGGUUACUCCAUGGUCAGAGCCUCGCAUGGUGUCAGGAAGGGAUCCUGGUACUUUGAGGUCUCCAUUGAUGAGAUGCCCCCCGACACCGCAGCCAGACUGGGCUGGUCUCAGCCUCUAGGUAACCUGCAGGCCCCUCUGGGCUAUGAUAAGUUCAGCUACUCAUGGCGCAGUAAGAAGGGCACACGGUUCCACCAGUCUAUAGGGAAACACUACUCCUCUGGCUAUGGGCAGGGAGACACUCUGGGCUUCUUUAUAGAACUACCGGAAAGCACCGAGACAGCCAAGGCCCUGCCUGACACCUACAAGGACAAGGCGCUGAUUAAGUUUAAGAGCUACCUCUACUUUGAGGAGAAGGACUAUGUGGACAAGGCAGAGAAGAGCCUGAAGACUGUUACACCCAGCAGGAUGCUGUUCUAUAAGAAUGGGGUGAACCAGGGUCUGGCCUAUGAAAACCUGUACGAGGGGCUCUACUUCCCUGCCAUCUCUCUCUACCGGGGCUGCACGGUGUCUGUUAACUUUGGACCACAUUUUAAACACCCCCCGAAAGACAUCAAGUACCAGCCAAUGAGUGACAUGGGCUGGGGAGCCGUGAUCGAACACACGCUGGCUGACAUGCUGUACCAUGUAGAGACCGACGUGGACGGACGUCGCAGCCCGUCCUGGGAAGGAUAAACACACACACACAUACACACCGAAGGCCAGUGUAUUGUUAUGUCUGAGGUAUUUGGGUGGGCUGAUAUGGAGGCCAACAUCACGCUGUUGUCUCUUGGGAGUCUGCUCAACAUUGCUGUCAUUGAUAACUGAAUAAACUGUACCCUAACAAUGGGCAAGACAUGUGAUCCUUAAAAUAGGGAGGCUUUGUUGUCGGUUGACAGUGAACUGUUGCGUGAAUAUAACAUUUCUUGCCGUAUGAAGCACUUUUGGGUGUUUCCACACUGUAAAGUUGUGUAUGAACAGUGAAUAUAUAAGGCACAAAUCUGUACUUUGUUUUUCAUUUUCAAUAUUGUAGAUUUUUUUUUUUUACCUUAAUGUUUGUAAAAUAUCUGCAGCAUUCUGUAAGCAUAUUAACAUUUAUAUUACGUGUUCUGUUUGUUCCUUUACCCACUAGCUUGUCUGAUAUUAAAUAUAGUUCUUUUUGUCUUUAAAAAAAUAAUCUUUUGUUUUAUUCAUGCUGGUUUUAAUAAAGUAAAU